UUUUGUUAUUUAAACAUUUAAAUCAAGCUAUUCUUUUAAUUCACUUUAACAUAAACCAUUUUCACUUACCUUCCAGUUUGUAAUAGAAAUCCAUAAUGGAAAAAAUCAAAUAUAAGAAGAAACACAAAUAUUCUCAUUUCUGCUUCUGCCUAGGAUUACGACCUGGUGUCAUAAUCUCUUCUGUUUUAUGGAUGAUAGAAGGAGUUAUCCUCUCAACGCUAUUCAUAACGUCUUCAAUGAAAAACUACAAAAAAAAUAAAGAUGAUAUAGGAGAGGUGGUGACGUCAUUAUAUUAUUAUGUCGCCAUUUUGACGAAAACUCUGUCCGUAUACUUUAUUAUACUAUUUCUUAUAAGUAUAAUCGGUCUUGCUUCAUUAUUAAUAUAUAAAUCAACGCCAUUAUUGCGAGUGUAUUCAUAUACUUCAUGGUUCUUUGCAGUUUUUAUAUAUUUUGUACUCGCUAUAGUCUCAAUUGUAGCCAUUAUGGUUAGCAAAAAUGGAUUUAUAGGUUAUUGUAAUGAAGUGGGAAAUAAUAAUAUAAAUUAUUGCGUUAAUGAAGUAAUGUCUCAAUCGAUUUGGUUGUAUUUAAUUAUAUUCUUUCAAGGUUCUAUACAUGUUUAUUUUUCGAUUAUAUUGCAAACUUAUGUAGAGCGUUGUGAGCAAUUGGAAAAGAAGAAGAGACGUGAAGCUUCUUCAAAACGAAAUAAUUUAUUAAGUUCUUCAGGUACAUCCAAUGUAUUUAAGAUUAAAGUUGAUAAAACGUAUGAUGAUAGGGUUGUUGACUCUUAACUAAACCGUAUUAACUAGAAUAUUUUUUUGAUCAUCCAUUCAUUUAUUUUAAUAUUUUUUUUUUGAAUCCACCUUUAAAUACGACAUUGAAAAAGGCAUUUGCAAA